CGUGAAGCUGCUGGUGACGUCAGGAGGACGCGCCGGAUGUGAGCAGCCUCGUGCCCCACGUGGAGUGUAGAAGAGAGGCGCUGAGCGUCAGGAGCAGGCGGGCAGGAUGUCUUUUGGAGGAAGAGGAGGCUUUAAUCGUGGAGGAGGUGGCGGCAGAGGAGGUGGAGGCGGUUGGGGUGGAAGAGGUGGCGGAGGAGGAAGAGGUGGUGGAUUUGGUGGAAGAGGAGGUGGAUAUGGAGGAAGAGGAGGUGGAUUUGGUGGAAGAGGUGGAGGCUUUAACAGAGGAGGCUAUGACCAGGGACCCCCAGAGUAUGUUGUUGAGGUUGGUGAAUUCAUGCAUCCUUGUGAAGAUGACGUGGUGUGUAAGUGUAUCACAGAAGAGAAUAAAGUGCCUUAUUUCAACGCUCCCAUCUACUUAGAAAAUAAAGAACAGAUUGGAAAAGUGGAUGAAAUAUUUGGACAGCUGAGAGAUUUUUAUUUUUCUAUUAAACUUUCUGACAACAUGAAAGCUUCCUCUUUUAAGAAGUUACAGAAGUUCUAUAUUGACCCAGCAAAGUUGUUGCCUCUACAAAGGUUCCUUCCUCGACCACCUGGUGAGAAAGGCCCUCCAAGAGGUGGUCGUGGUGGAGGAAGAGGAGGGGGACGAGGAGGUUUUGGCAGAGGUGGAUUUAACAGAGGGGGCUUUAACAGAGGGGGUGGAGGCGGUUUCCGAGGAGGACGUGGUGGAGGCGGCGGUGGUGGUUUCAGGGGAGGUAGAGGAGGAGGAGGUGGAGGCCGUGGCUUCAGAGGAGGCCGGUGAUGAGCCAUGUGAAACCAGCAAUGGUGGGGUCUUUCAGAAAUUGCUCUCCACUUGGCGAUCUAUGGUUAGAAGACAGACCUUCAUUCUGCUUUUGAAAUGGGACUAAUACAUUGACCACAAGAGAGAAAAGAGUGACUCUUGGCAGUAUUUACUGCUGCAGAACAUGCAAGGGACACUGGGUGUCCGCCAUUCACAAUAAUCUUCAGAAAUAAAACUGCCUUAUUUGGCAUAUUGUCAUUUUUCUUAGCCUUUUUUUAGUGAGGUUUGAUAUUUUAAAAGAAUUGUGGUAAGAAAUGUCUUCAAUUAUUAAAACAAUUAACAUUUUUGCUCCAGAACUGUUGUAAAUAAGAAUCUGUAUUACUUGAAUGUGCUACGCCAAUAUAUUUUCUACCAUGUCACGCAUGUCUCCUUUAUAUACAUUUACUGUUUUUACUUUGGUUUUGUAUUGAUUAAGUCACACUUAAUCUACGGUGAUCUUGUAAAAUUAUGACUGAUUUUUGUUUACUCAUUAACACUUAAAAUGAAUGCAGAAACUGCAUCAAGUAGGCCUCCUUAGGCCUCGUUAACACUUUUUGGCCAGUAUAUUCAUCAGUACGUGAAAGACAAAAAUUAGGAGUUCCUCUAUAAACAGAUGAUGCACGGAUCUUUCUCACUGCUGAUGUACCACUUCUAGUUUUGACGUACAAAUAUUGGUCAGAAGAAAAGGAGGUUGAUCCAGCACUUCAAACUUCCAGCAUCAUUUAUAAAUUACAGUAAAACCAUUGACAGAUAAUCUGGAUGUGUUUUGAGCGGGUCCCUGCUCUUUAUCACAGAUACAAAGGUCCAUUUCAAACUCCCU